CUAUCGCCACUCAUACGUUGGUUGGCACAAGUGGGGCGACUAACGCGCCUAUUAGAAGGUUCUUUGAACUCCGCAGCGAGGGUGCUGACCUUAUUACUCGCCCGAUUGGGAGCACUGCAUGCAACGCUGGGCCGGUCUUCGUUCGCGUUUACAAUAUGAACCCGGGUUCUGGCACGUCGGCCAUCUUCACUGUCCCCCUCACCUAAAGCCCAUGUCUACUGCCCGAUCUGUUGAUCUGUCGCCCAAAGGCCUGCUCAGCGACAGCGGGAACUACGUCCUCCAGCAGGAUGACAUAGCGAGUCUCGCGAGAUACGUCUGGGCGGGUGUACUUCUCCCAGGCGAUACGGACACCCUUCAGCAGCGCCUGAAUGUUUCGACUGCAACGAUGAGAAAGCUCUCCGAAGUCGUGACGCCGCUGCUCGCAACCUUCAACGAUGUCAAAGCCCACUGCGAGACGUUCAAGGACAAGACCUACCCUAGCAUCGUCAGCAUCGCCGACGACAUCUACAGCUAUGCUCAGGAUGCGGGUGGCACCGAGCAGAACUCCUACUAUGCGAACAUCCUACGAUGCAUCCGCAGCUUGGCCACCGCCUCUUCAAAGCCGGAGAAAGACGAUCUCAAGCAAACGAUCGACAGCCUCUGCGACGGGUUGAUCAAGAACGCCACGGCAAUCCAGACGAAGAUCCAGGAGGUCGUCGAGAAUGUCAGCAAGUUUGGGGAUCAGACCUACGAGGACUCCUCCGCACUGAAAGAGCGCAAGCUGGCCGUGGAGGACAUGCUUACCUCGGACGCCGGAUCCCUCGAGGCCCUUCAGCGCCAACUCGAGGAAAACCAUACUGAACUUAAGGCAGACCAGGCCGAGUACGAGCACGACAGGAUUGUGGCGAGCACGGCUCUCACUUACGCUUGGGUCCCCUUCUUGGGCGUCAUCACCUCCUCAGUUGUGGCCGCUGCCAGUGGAAGGGCUGCCGCGGCGAUGGCCGAACGCAUCAAGCUGGUCAAUCGGCUCAUUGCAGAGGAGACGGACGAGGCCGGGAGCCGUACUGGAGUGGUUACGGACGAGAGGCGCAUCGUCGCCGACCUCAUUUCAGUGGAUAUGGACUUCGACAGUCUGCUCGCCGCGGUCGGACCGGCCACCCACUUGAUACAAGUGGUCCUGGCCGCCUUUCAGGCCAUCUCUGGGCAGCUGGCAAACCUCAAGGACCUGGUGAACACCGACCCCAGCAAAGCGAAUGCGGCCAUCAAGAAGAUAGUUGAUUCGAAGGUGGUGGACGGGUGGAACGCACUCGCGAACGCCGUCGACAAAUAUCGGGAGGCCGCCUUCGUCACUCCUGUGCAGGAGAUCUCGUUGGACCAACUUUCUCAGCAGCUCCAGAAGCAGGUCGGCACUGCCGCUUGAACGGCUUGCUGAGCAACGCUCUCGUGCGCCAUCUGCAAGAAAUGAGAUUGUUGACAACCGAACUGUCUGUACGGCGUGUAUUGCCGAUUAUAUCGCUAGUGAAACAGAGAACUCUUCAUUUCUUUGCCCA